CUGCCUUUGGGCGUCGAAAUGCCUUUGCCAAUAUGUCGUUUAGUCAUUUACUAUGCCGUUCGGGAAUCCACUGUCAGGUUCUCUUAUUCAAUCUUCCUCCUUUUUCAUCUUUAACUAAUAUCAAGUUUUUUUUUUUUUUUAACAAUUAACCAGAAUCAAGUUAAAACCCAAAAAAUGGACCCUUCAAUGCCUAAAGACCUCGACGAGUACUCGGCAUCAGCUACCACAAUCGAAUUCGACUUCCAAAUCCCUCUUCUCCGGGGCCCCAUACCCGCCGCCGAAUCCGACGACCCAUCUUCCGGUCCAUACUUUCUUGCUUUCAGAAACCCCCAAUCCUGGGCCACAGCAUACAAGCUAAGCGAGUCCAAAAUCAUAUCUCAAUGCGAAGGCGGGGCCAGGAUAGGGUGCGCAAUAUCCGCAUCCCAAAAAUGCAAGCCACCGUGGUGGCGCAACUUGAUUGGAUGGAAAGUAGCUGACUUGAAAGAGAAAGAAAAUUGCGAGGAGCGUGAAAUGGAAGGGUGUCUGGUUGCAGCUAAAGAGAAGUGUGUUGGUUUUGCUAAGGAGAAAUGUUUUAGGCCUUUUAGUGAAGCGAGAAUUGCCGUUGGGAAAGAGGAGGUAGUCAAGAGAUUAAUGUGUUUGGUUUCAGUGCCAGAGAAGACUGGUAUUAAAUGGUUUAGUUUGAUGGGAAUCGAUGAUAAAUGUAGAUUUGGCAUUACUAAUCAAAAAGCUAGUGAGUUGCUGGCUUUUGAUCCAAAAUAUACAUGGUUUUUUAAGCAAAAGUAAUGGGGAUUUUGAUGUGCUUGGUGGAGAGGUACGUUCCCUAUUAACUUUUACAUCCUAAUUGGCUGUGGUUUUGGUUUUGGAGGAGGUUUUCUACUUUCUUGAACUGUAAAGAAUUUUGCCAGAAUGUAAUCAAUGUACUUCUUCUUAAUGCAAUGACAAUCAAUAAAAUUCAUCGUGUUUAAGUA